CUCCGACAGCACUACCACAACAACAUCGCACCCAGCAGCGCAUACCUGCAGACGAUGCCGAGUAUGGACUACAAUCCUAGAAUGAGCAUGGCCGGCGGCAGAACAGUAUCUAGCCAGCAGAAGAAGCAGAAAGAGCCGGAUGAGGAUGCAUUCAUGACACUGCCCGACAAGGAAAUCGCAGGAUGCAUCAGCGACAUUGGAAUCAACUUCACACUGGAGGACCUUAGGAAGCCCAAUCCACAGCAGAUACAGAAAGUGUUCGAAUGGUUCGCGGAACUGCUCACGAACACGACGCGCGAAGUCGUUGCGCCCGCGAUGCGCGCAGCAGCAGAAGACAUGUGCGGCGACGACGCAGAGCGGAUCUUCACAGCAGACACGCGCGAAUUAAUGGGCUUCUUCAUCGUCAUGCGCAAAUUGCUUCUCGAGUGCGGCAUCAAAGACUUCACCUUCAGCGACAUCUACCGACCGACACAUCCUCGCCUGGUGAAGAUUUUCAGCUACAUAAUCAACUUCAUUCGAUUCCGCGAAAGCCAGACAAACGUGAUAGACGAGCAUUACAACAGCUCCGAGCGCACGAAGAACACCAUCGAGCAGUUAUACCAUGCGAAUCAAGACAAGGAAGAUCAGCUACAAGAAAUGCAACAGAACCGCAAAAACGUCGAAGCCGCGCUUCAGCAGAAAGAGCAACGAUCCACAGAACUCAAAACCCGCCUCCUCGAGCUCAAGAAGGCCCAAGAACGCGUCACCGAAAAGCUCGAGCGCGUCAAAGGCGAACAGUCCCGCCUGAAAUCUCUCCUCGAAGACAAAACUACAUCCGUCAUGCAAACACGCGCCGAAGCCGCGAAGCUUCGUCCCUACACCGAACAGUCCCCCGCACACCUUGAACAAUCCCUCCGAGACCUCAGCUCGAACCUCGCAAGCGAUCGAAACGAGAUCGCACGCCUCGAUAAACGCUCCCGAGCACUCCAGACAUCAUGCGAUACCUUUUCCCUCCUCCAAACCGACAUCUCAUCUCUGACGAGGUUACUCUCAGAUCUAGAUCAAGAGCUGCAGAAAGAGGAAGAGGAGCAACGUGCAGCGGCGAAGAAUCGCGAUGCGUUGACAGAGAAGUCGAACAAUGUGCGGGAAGUGGAGAGGCAAGAGAAAAUGUUGCGGAAACAAUUACAGCAAUGGCAAGAUCGAACGGAGAAGCUGCGGAAAGACGCGGAGACAAGGGCGCAGAAUGCGAAGGGGAAAAUGGAGGCUUUGCGCGCGACGCAUAGAGAAUUGACAGCUGAGAGGAGGGAACGAGGAGAUCAGGUGGAGAAGAGGAGGGUGAGGAUUGAGCAGACGGAGAAGAAGAUGGCCGACUUGAAAGAACAGAUCGAGCACGAGGUACAGGCUGCGAGAGAGGAGUACAUGAAGAUGGAAAGCCAUAUUCGGCUGUACAUCACGGAGAUGGAGCAGAACCUCUGAGAAUGAUGAUGAUUUGCAUCUGGACAUUGAAGCGCAAAGCAGAGAGGCUGCUGGUUGUACAUAUUUUGACGAUACCCAAUGACUCUUUUUCUGUUCGACACACUGCUGUGCAUAGCUACUCUGCUUGCGAUGUUACAAUUUCCAGAGUUCACGAGUCCUGUUAUACAGUCAGCGACCACU